UCUGACUACCAGUGAUCCUUUUUCAAGAGCACUUCAUUUGUUGUGAGUGACUGUGUAUGCUAAAUCGGCUCUCUCCAUGACAGUCAGGUGGCAAAUUUAACAAUGUACCCCACAGUUAUACUGAAGAAUAUACUGUACAAGAAAUCUCAGCAGAAACGAAGAACAUCUCCAUGCAAUUACAAAGAAAGAUUUUUUGUUCUCACCACUAAAGAACUGACUUACUCAGAACCUCGACCAGGGAAAAAGCCCGUUUUAAAAGGCUGCAUUGAGCUGUCCCGGAUCAAAUGCGUGGAGAUUGUGCGCACUAAUGCACCCAUACCCUGCAAGAAUAAGUAUCCAUUUCUGGUUGUUCAUGACAGCUACUUCUUAUACAUAUUUGCUCCAGACAGUGACUGUCGACUUAGAUGGGUCCGAGCGCUCAAAGAGGAAACAAAGCACAACAGCUUGUCCCCAACUUACCACGCCGACCUCUACAUGGAAGGGCGCUGGAGAUGCUGUCAUGUCACAGAUAAGUUGGCCAUCGGGUGCCAUCCCUGUGGCUCCGUGAAGCCCCUGCCACCUACACCUGAUCCUCAGCGUCGGUUCUCUGACCCUCGGGAGAGGGUGGUGGUGGCACUGAAGGACUUUGCUCCCACACAGGCCUCGGACCUCCCUCUGCACAAGGACGAGGAGUACAUCCUCACUGACAGCUCGCAACCCAACUGGUGGACAGUGCAGGACAGGGAAGGAAACUUUGGCAUGGUGCCUUGCACCUACGUGGCAGAGAAAUCCUGCGACAACUUUACAAGAUUUGCAUGGUACAACAAGGACAUCACUAGAACAGAGGCCGAAGAGCUGCUUUUGAAAGAGGCCAAGGAGGGGGCUUUCAUGGUGCGUGACUCCAGGCAGGCAGGAGUGUACACUGUGUCUGUUUUCACCAAAGCCCCAGGGUCGAACGGGGAGAAGAACCCUCGGGUCAAACAUUACCAGAUCAGACAGUCAGACGAGGAGGGGAAGUUCUACCUGGCAGAGAAAUACCUGUUCAGCACCAUCCCAGAGCUCAUACACUACCACCAGCACAAUGCUGCCGGGUUAAUAACCAGACUAAGGCACUGCGUGUCAUGGGGGAGACAGGUGUCUGAAGAAAUCACAGAACCCUCUUCAGAGAUGUGGGAGCUGGACCCGGAGGAGCUGGAUCUGGUGAAGGAGGUGGGCAGUGGGCAGUUUGGGCUGGUGUGGCAGGGCCAGUGGCGCCACCUAAAGGUGGCAAUUAAAACGGUGCGCGAGGGAGCCAUGUCCGAGGAGGAGUUCAAAGAGGAGGCCCAGGUCAUGAAGAAGCUGUCCCAUCCCAAGAUUGUGCAGCUCAUUGGUGUGUGCAUGCAUCGCACCCCCAUGUACCUGGUGUUUGAGUUCAUGGAGGGCGGCUGCCUGAAUGACUACCUGCGCUCCCACCGGGGGGCGCUGUCUCCAGAAACACUGCUGUCAAUGUGCCUGGACGUCAGCGAAGGCAUGGCCUACCUGGAGAGCUCCAACUUCAUCCAUAGGGAUCUGGCUGCAAGAAACUGUUUGGUGGCAGAGGAUCGUUCUGUGAAGGUGUCAGAUUUUGGAAUGACCAGGUUUGUCCUAGAUGACCAGUACACUAGUUCCCAAGGCACUAAGUUCCCCAUUAAGUGGUCAUCUCCUGAGGUCAUCAAAUACAGCCGAUUCAGUAGCAAAUCAGAUGUCUGGGCUUUUGGUAUCCUGGUGUGGGAGAUCUACACAGAGGGCCGUGUUCCCUAUGAGAACCGCACCAACACGGAGGUGGUGGAGGACUUGAAUGCUGGGAUGAGACUCCUUAAGCCAAGAAUGGCUCCCCAGCCCCUCUACCAACUCAUGCAGUGGUGUUGGAAAGAGACACCAGGGGAUCGGCCAUCUUUUGCCGUCUUGCUGCAUGAGCUGGCUUCUAUGCAGGAGGGCUGAAUUGGCAUAACUUAAACACCGACUGACGCUGACAUAUAACUUCACAAUCACACUGUACAUAUUACAACAUGUAAAUGCAUAUAGACAUAUUAUUUAUUAUAAUAUUUUAUCAUUGAAAAUAAAAUGUCUGCACCAGCAA